AUGCCGCAACCUCUCAAUUCGAAAGAGGCUUCCCUCUUUCGAGCCGUCAUCCGUGCCUAUGAGGACAAGCAGUACAAGCGCGGUCUCAAGUCCGCCGACCUGAUCCUCAAGAAGAACCCCAAGCAUGGCGACACCAUGGCCAUGAAGGCCCUCAUCAUGAACGCGCAGGGCAAGACCGAGGAGGCCUUUGCGCUGGGCAAGGAGGCCCUGACGGUGGAUAUGAAGUCGCACAUCUGCUGGCACGUCUACGGCCUGCUGUACCGCGCCAACAAGAACUUCGAGGAGGCCAUCAAGGCCUACAAGUUUGCGUUGAAGCUCGAGCCAGAGUCGACUCAGAUCCAGCGGGACCUGGCCAUCCUUCAGGUGCAGAUGCGCGAUUAUGCCGGGUACAUCCAGAGUCGCACAGCCAUGCUGCAGGCGCGCCCCCAGCUGCGCCAGAGCUGGACUGCGCUGGCCAUCGCCCAUCACCUCGCCGGUGACUUGUCCGCGGCCGAGAACGUCCUGACCACUUACGAGGGCACGCUCAAGUCCACGCCUUCCCGGGGAGACUACGAGAACUCCGAGGCCGUCAUGUACAAGAACACCAUCAUUGCAGAGCAGGGUGACUACCAGCGAGCCCUCGAGCACCUCGAGACUGCUGCAAAGCACAGCCUCGACAGGCUUGAAUACUUGGAGCUGCGCGCCAAGUACUUGGUCAAGUUGGCCAAGAAGGAGGAGGCCGUUGCCGCAUGGGAGGCUCUUGUUGAGCGCAACCCGGACCGCCCUGCCUACUUUAAGGGCUUGGAGAGUGCCCAUGGCUUUGCCGACAGUGAUCUGGAUGCCAGAAAAGCAGUCUACGAAACAUACGCAAAGAAGUUUCCCCGCUCAGAUGCGCCUCGCCGGUUGCCCCUGAGCUUCUUGUCCGGCGAUGCUUUCCGCACUGCGGCCCGGGAGUACCUGACGCUCAUGUUCAACAAGGGCGUUCCUUCAACGUUCGCCAACCUGAAGCACCUCUACUCCGAUUCCUCAAAGAAGGAGGCCCUAGAGGCUUUGGCUCAGGAGUACCUAGAGUCCCAGGAUUCCAGCUCGGAAUCGACCAAUGGCGACCGCUCAAAGGGCGAGGCCGCGGCCCUCUACUUCCUCGCUCAACACUACAACUACCACCUGAGUCGCGAUCUGGCCAAGGCUCACGAGUACGUAGACAAGGCUAUCGAGAAGGUCCCCGACAGCGUCGACUUCACCAUGACCAAGGCCAGGAUAUGGAAGCACCAGGGCAACCUCCAAAAGGCUUCCGAGACCAUGGACAAGGCCCGUACCCUGGAUACCCGGGACCGCUACAUCAACACCAAGGCCGCCAAAUACCAGCUGCGCAACAACGAAAACGACAAGGCACUGAAGACCGUCGGCCUGUUCACCAGAGCAGACACCGUCGGCGGGCCGCUUGCCGAUCUCCUGGACAUGCAGUGUGUCUGGUAUCUGACAGAGGAGGGUGAGGCGUGUGCCAGACAGGGCGACGACGCCCUGGCGCUCAAGCGAUUCCACACUGUCCACAACAUUUUCGAUGUUUGGCAAGAAGACCAGUUUGACUUCCACAGCUUCUCUCUGAGAAAGGGCCAAAUCCGAGCCUAUGUCGACAUGGUCCGAUGGGAGGAUCACCUUCGCGACCACCCCUUCUACUCGAGAGCUGCGUUGGACGCCGUGGCCAUUUACCUCAAGCGCGCCGAUCGUCCGUCAGCGAACGGCGUCAACGGCGAUGCCAACGGCGACGACGCCUCUGAGAGGAAGAAGGCCGCCAAGAAGGCCAAGAAGGAGCAGCAGCGUUUGGAGCGCGAAGCCGCCGAGCGCGCAUCCAAACAGGACCCCAACAAGGGCAAGCCUAGCGAAGAACCGAAGAAGAAGGACGAGGAUCCUCUGGGCCUCAAGCUCCUGGACGCCGAGCCCCUUGGUGCCGCCAUGCGUUUCGUCACUCCUUUGUUGCAAUUCAGCCCCAAAAACAUUCAGGCCCAGUUUGCCGGCUUCGACGUUUACUUGCGCAGGAAGAAGUACGUUCUCGCGCUACGUUGCCUCAACGCUGCCCGUGAAUUGGACGAGGCUCACCCCAGGGUCCACGAGCGGAUCGUUGAGUUCGCUCACGUUGUCCGACCCGCCCUCGAGAGCCUGCCUGCGAAGGUGCAAGAACUCAUCAAGUCCGAGUUUACGCCCCCUGCUGGGGACCUGAAGAAAUACAACGAGGAGUUCUUAGCGAACAACAAGUCCAAGCCCCCGUACAUUGUCGCCGCGCUUAAGACCCGGAGAGUUCUUGGGGAGGACCGACCCAAGACCGAGGCCGACCUCGCCAAUGUUGUCAAGGCGCCCGAGGCCACCUUCGAGCUCGCCGCGGAAGUCUACGACAUUCUUAAGGCGUGGAGAAGCAGCGAAGCCGAAACCCUCAAGAAGGCGGCGCAUGAGCGAUGGCCCGAGGUAACCGUCUUUGCCUAG